AUGUACAUACACGUGCUUCUAUCGGCAAGUCGUCCUCUAUCGUCGUACCGAUUGAACAACAGCGCGUACGAAUUUCGAAAUUUCCUACUCCCCCCAAAUCACCAAGAUCGCCCACAAAUCGAACAAAACCCCGUACCCCAGUUCGGUGCGGGGACCUGGGGUGAGAUCGGACUCCUUCGUCUAGUCUCGUGGGGCAUCAAAUUGUUCACUUAGGCCUGGAUCGUUGCUCUCUUACGGGGCAAGCGUCUUCCCGUAUUGGAUCGACCUUGGCGUGUGGCUAACGUUGCCAAUAAUACAGUAUCACUACGAGAACAACCGACGCAA